AUGCUGCUGUCGGGGACGGCGCUCUGGCCGAAGCCGUCCGCACCACCUCCGCUCCCGCCGAUGCUGCUGUCGGUGACGGCGCUCUGGCCGAACCCGUCCUCGCCGCCGCCGCUUCUGCCGAUGCUGCCGCCGCCGCCGCUGCGGCCGUCUGUAUACCAACGCCAACUCGCUGUUCCUCCGCUGCUGCUGAACGGGCGAAAGCUGGAGCUGUACCAGGAGCGCCGUUGCAGGAACGUAGAGGUUGCUUCUGUUGACGAGGCUGCUGCUGUGGCAUGGGCUGCUGCUGCACCGAUGGCUGUGGCACGAACCUCUGCUGCACGCACGGUUGUUGCUGCUGCUGCUGAAAGGAACACCCUCUGCCAAACACGCCGUACCUCCACUGAUGCUGGAACGGUUGCUGUACGGGAACACCUCCGCAUGACUGCUGUAGACCAUGCUGCUGUUGACGAGAAAAACUUCCCCAACAGUCGCGCCGAAAAUUUCCACCGCCGACAUGAAGAGCGUGCGGGUCACCGGUCGGCGCUGCCGUCCGCCGCGCAACAUUCACGAGGUCUCUCUCGGCGUGCAGGCUACGCACAAGAUUCUCCAAGUCCUUGCGCGUGAGCGAGCUGUUGGCCAUGAGGAGAAUGUGGACCUGUUCGUAGUCGGCGGAGAGGUUCCUUCGAAGCAUCGCGAGGACUUCUCUAUCUGUGAUCGCAUCGCCGUUGACGGCGCGGAGAGUAGACAACACCCUGUCGAACCUAAGAAAAUACUCCUUUGGGUCCUCUUCAAGCUGCAUCUUCAUGUUCGUGAGAGACAGCUUCAGUGCCUCCUGCUCGGAGUCACUCAUCGCCAGGCAGAACUGUUGUGUGCAGCCUCCCACGCCCCAGACACAGUCCCAACGGCAAGGAUUCUAGCCUGAAAGUUUGCCCCCUUCGUGGCGCGCAUCAAGUACUCAAACGCAUACUCAUGAUCGCGCACGCGACGCUCACCGUGCCAGCGGACGUUUUCGCUCCUUGGCAGCCCGUUGAGGAGCCAGAUGCGUUGGUCUGGACUCGCCGGCUUGGCGAGUGUGUGUGAUAGACCUUCGCGGGCGAGAAAGAGCUCGAACAGCAACGUGAACAGUGGGAAUUGCCGUCGUACACCGGUGGCUUCCGGUCCUUCCGCACGUAAUCGCGGUAACGCUGCUGCUGCUCCCGAUCAUCGAAAAAACUAGCCGUCCCCCCGGCUCCAACAGUAGCCGCCCCUCCGGCAGCUCCAUCCCUGCUAUGGUACCCAGGCGCAAAGCCAGCGCCGCUUAUCCUCAUGUUACCUGCCGCAUACCCGGCAUCACCCACUCUCCUUCUCGCGGCUCUCCGCUGAACUCCUCUCUUCCGCUUCAUCUAUUCUCCUCUGCAUUUCCGCCAUCUUGGCUGCCGCUUUCUCGGCUGCUCUCUCGACAUUCCUCGCUUGUUCUUCUAACUCUCUUUCUCUUUCCGUCAUCGCCGAACCAACACCUGGUCUGGCUAGGCUCCAAACUACGAUAUCGUGUUUGUGUGCACUGCCGCCCUCAGCGGUCUGUGGU